AGGCGGAGUCACGUGAGUCACACAAAGCUAAAAGUAGGCAGCAAGCUGUCAUUUCUAGCAUUAGCCCAUUGAGACAUGUUUCCUUACAAGGUUUGGACUAACCGCCUACGGGCGGAGGGGCGGUUGCUGCUUUGGCUGCUUCUUCUUCUAACACCUCUGAGCGCCACUGGGUCGUUCAGGCAUAAAAAGCUCGGGCCCGUGGUUACCCCCCAGACCUUUCGGUAUAUCUUGGAUGAUAGUGCUGGGCACGGUCGGGUGUUCGAUGGGAUUGGCGCGAUUAGCAGCGGCGGGGCAACCUCCCGACUUCUACUCAAUUAUCGUGAGCCUUAUCGUUCUGAAAUAUUGGAUUAUUUAUUUAAGCCAAACUUUGGUGCUUCUUUGCAUAUUCUGAAAGUGGAAGUAGGUGGUGAUGGACAAACAACAGAUGGCACUGAGCCCUCCCAUAUGCACUUUAAACAGGAGGGGGCUGACUAUCGCCGGGGCUAUGAAUGGUGGUUAAUGAAGGAAGCUAAGAAGAGGAAUCCCAAUAUUAAACUUAUUGGGUUGCCAUGGUCAUUUCCUGGUUGGCUAGGUCCCGGUAGAACUGAUCCCUAUGAGAAUAUUACAAUGACUGCUUUAUAUGUUGUGUCUUGGAUAUUGGGUGCUAAAAAACAUCAUAAAUUGGACAUCGAUUAUAUUGGGAUUUGGAAUGAGAAAGAUCCUCAACAAAACUAUAUAAAGACUCUAAGAAAAAUGCUUAAUCACAAAAAGCUGCACAGAGUGAAAAUCGUAGCCAAUGAUCACAACUGGGCUCCCAUUUCCGUUUUUUGGGAAGUGGAUUCACAAUUAACGCAUACCUUCGAUGUUAUUGGAGUUCAUUAUACUGCAAAUCAAAGUAAUGCUAAAGCUUUGGAGUCAAAAAAAAAACUCUGGUCUACUGAAGAUUGCAACAAUUUCAAAGAAGAAACAGGUAGAGGCUUCUGGGCCCGCAACUUGAAUCAGAAUUAUGUGAUUGGCCAAAUUACUGCCACAAUUGCUUGGAACUUAGUGUCUAGCUAUUAUCCACAACUAGUCUUUGAGAGAGAUGGGCUGAUGACUGCUAAAGAACCUUGGAGUGGACAUUAUUCUGUAGAGGCUCCUAUUUGGAUUACAGCUCAUACCACUCAGUUUGCUGAACCAGGGUGGAGAUACCUGAAAACAGUUGGCCUUUUAAAAAAUGGUGGAAGCUAUGUAGCUCUUACAGAUGGCUUAGGCAACCUCACUAUUAUCAUUGAAACCAUGAGUUAUCAGGUUUCACAAUGCAGAACGAAUAAAGUUUCUCCUUUCUAUGUGUCUGGACAACUAAUCACUUUCUCUCUUCAGGGAACCUUUAAAAAAUUAAGAAUGCUACAGGUAUGGUAUACCAAAAUUGGAACACGAUUUUGGAGGGACACAUUCAGACAUCUACCUCCUGUAAAGAUUACUGAUGGUACCAUUUCAUUACAAUUGGGUUUGGAUGAAUUGUAUACUUUAACAACCAUCACUACAGGUCAUAAGGGCUGGCAUCCUACUCCUCCAGAAUCACAACCAUUUCCAAUUAAGUUUAAAGAUGAUUUCAAUGUUGGUGAUCAGUGUUUUAGUGCAGCUCCACAUUUUGCAGAUCAAGCAGGUGUAUUUGAAUACCACACUAAUGAUAAUGACAUGGAGGAACAUACCUUCACCUUCCGCCAAAUGCUCACUCAGCGACCUAUCAGUUGGGGUGAGGAUGCAGACCAGACCAUCAGUAUUAUAGGAGAUCAUAACUGGAAGGAUAUAAAAAUAACUUGUGAUGUCUACAUGGAGACAGCGAUGACAGGUGGCAUAUUCAUUGCUGCAAGAGUAAAAAAUCCUGGGAAAUUAUUUCAAAGAGCCCAAGGAGUUUUCUUCUGGAUUUUGGCAAAUGGGACAUAUGAAGUUACAAGUGAUCUUGCAAGUACACAUUUAAUAAAGAGAGGAAAUGCUGGCAUCAUGGUUGAAAGAUGGCACACUCUCACUCUGGUUAUUAGUGACACUUCUGCUUAUGGCAUUUUAAAUAGUACACAUAUCUGGACCACUUCAAUGAAGCCAUUUCCCAAGAAUGGUUGGGCAGCAAUUGGAACACGAGGCUACGAGGCUGGCCAGUUUGAUAACUUUUAUGUUGAUGCUUAAAAGUUAGAAUUCCUGAAUCUCUCAAAUAAUAAUUCCUCUCUCCACACUUAUUUUGAGUUUGGAUUCAGUCAAUUCCUUUGGGAUUUUUUAGACAGGAAAAUAUUGAAGGAAUUUGUAUUUUCACACUUGACACUAUUGCAUAUCUUAUUGAUUUUUAAAACAUAUUCUAAUUUUUAAAUUUCAUAUUUCCCCUUUAAUUUCAGAGUAUCAUAUUGCUUCUGUUUCUUAGCACUUUUACCCUUCAGAUCUCACAAAGAUUUUGUUCCAAUGUUGAGGGAAUUGAGUUCUUCUAUCUGGUUUGCAAUUAGUUAUGAUGUAGUAACUAGUAAAAAGGACUUUAAAGAUUUAUUAACUAUUAUUUACCAUACUCACAUGCAACACAUCUCAUGGUGAAGAAAAAUAAUGUCUUAAUCAGAGAGUCUUUGUUUCCCAAGGGAGCCUCAAGGGCAUCCCAAGGGAGCCUCAAGGGCAGUGUUUUUUAAAUUACUCUAGCAUUUUCAUCCUUACAUUGUAUAUGACAAUUUAAAAAAUGGUAAUGGAAGCAAAGGUGGGACCAUUUCUAAAAUGCCUUAUUAAUAAACUACCUCCUAAACUUUCUCCAAUCAAUAAUAAAAAAAUGAAUGGAUAAUUUUGGACCUUCAUUAUGUAAUUAUUUUCUUUUUGUUGGUUUAGUCAGCUCUUUCUUAUCAGUUUUUUUUUAAUACCCAAGAAGAAUUGCUUAACAUUUUUGUUUGCAGAAAGAUGGGAAGAAUUGUGCCUUGUUUUAUCACACAAAAUGAAAUUGUGGAAUAAAUUUUUCAUUUGUUCAUUCAUCCCAUAAUACCUCUAACAAGCUUCUCCCUCUCCCCUUCCUCUAAUAAGCUUUCAUUUGAAGUAAAAUUUCCAAUGAUAAGAAAGUCUGACUACAAUUUAAUAACUCUUUAAUUCUUCAAUCAUUUUAUACUUAAAGAGUGAAACAUAUAUAUAUUUAACCCAUAGCUUCUGAUUUAGUAUCAAUAUUAUAAGGUAAAGACUAGGCAAUUGGGGUUUAGUUGCUUGUCCAGGGUCACACGGAUAGCAUAUAUCUGAGGCCAGAUUUGAACCCACUCCUCCUGACUCCAGACCUGGCACUCUAUGUACUGUGCUGCUUAGCAGCCCCAACAUAUGUGCUUUUCUUUUUUUUAACCAUCUGUUUUAGAAUUGAUACUAACUAUCAGGUCCAAGUUAGAAGAGCAAUAAGGUCUAGACAACUGGGGAAGUCAGUUGUUAUCACAAGGCUAGGAAGAGUGAAGUGUCUGAGGCUGGAUGUGAACCCAGGACCUCCUGUUUCCAGACCUGGAGCUCUAUGCGCUAUGCCACAGUCCAAUGCCUUUUAUAUAAUACAACUUAGCCCUGUGAUGUAUGAGGAGUAGGUACUUGGUAAAUGUUUGUUCAUUUGUUCAUUUUAUUUACCCACAAUAACUAGGUAUAUAAAUGGAUGCUGCUAAUCAGAGGGAUGUGUGUGAUUAUUCAUGAAGGCAAAAUUAACUGAACUUUUACUUGGAAACACUUCAUUAGCAAUUAAGGUGAAUGUGAACAAUUCAACACACUUUACCUUUAUCUGUGUAAACACACAUAAAUAAGACCUUUUCACUAAUUUAGAUACUAUUUUGUUCAAAUUUGUGACAUUUUUCUAAAGGUCAUCAGAACUACUGACAACUUUCAAGGCUUACUGAGAAUCAGAAUUUAAAUUGGUAUCAAGAAUUGUCCUUUCUUGGAGAGGAAAGCUCCGUGUUGUUUUAAAGGAAUCAUAAAUAGGCUGUCUGGCAGGUUACUUUGUUCUAGAUAUGUAGCCUGUUUAAGAGGAAAUAUUCUACAUUCCUGUGAUUUUUGUAAUGUACGUUUUAAAAAUAAUAUAUUUAUAACACUGGCAGUAAA